AUGGCUCUUUCUCAGGGUCUGUUGACAUUCAGGGAUGUGGCCAUAGAAUUCUCUCAGGAGGAGUGGAAAUGCCUGGACCCUGCUCAGAGGACUCUAUACAGGGCUGUGAUGUUGGAGAAUUAUAGGAACCUGGUCUCCCUGGCUAUUUCUUCCAAAUGCAUGAUGAAGGAGUUCUCAUCAACAGUGCAAGGCAAUAGAGAAGUGCUCCACACAGGGACUUUGCAAAGACAUGAAAGUCAUCACAUUGGAGAUUUUUGCUUCCACGAUAUUGAUAAAGAUAUUCAUAACUUUGAGUUUCAGUGGCAAGAAGAUGAAAGAAAUGGCCAUGAAGCACCCAUUACAAAAAUCAACAACUUGACAGGUAGUACAGACCGAUAUGAUCAUAGUCAUGCUGGAAACAAGCCUAUUAAAGAUCAGCUUGGAUUAAGCUUUCAUUCACAUCUGCCUGAACUGCACAUAUUUCACACCAAAGGGAAAAUUGAUAAUCAAGUUGAGAAGUCUAUCAACGAUGCUUCCUCAUUUUCAACAGCCCAAAGAAUUUCUUGUAGGCCCAAAACCCAUAUAUCUAAUAACUAUGGGAAUGAUUUCCGGAAUUCUUCAUUACUCACACAAAAACAGGAAGUACACAUGAGAGAAAAAUCUUUCCCAUGUAAUGAGAGUGGCAAAGCCUUUAAUUAUAGCUCACUCUUAAGGAAACGUCAGAUAAUCUAUUUGGGACAGAAACAAUAUAAAUGUGAUGUGUGUGGCAAGGUCUUUAAUCAGAAGCAAUACCUUGCAGGCCAUCAUAGAUGUCACACUGGUGAGAAACCUUACAGGUGUAAUGAGUGUGGCAAGACUUUCAGUCAGAUGUCAUCCCUUACAUGCCAUAGGAGAAUUCAUACUGGAGAGAAACCGUACAAGUGUAAUGAGUGUGACAAGACCUUCAGUUCGAAGUCAUACCUUACAUGCCAUCGUAGACUUCAUACUGGAGAGAAACCUUAUAAGUGUAAUGAGUGUGGCAAGACCUUUAGUCAGAAGUCAUCCCUUACAUGGCAUCGUAGACGUCAUACUGGAGAGAAACUUUACAAGUGCAAUGAGUGUGGCAAGACCUUCAGUCAGCAGUUAACCCUUAAAUGCCAUCGUAGACUUCAUAGUAGAGAGAAACCUUACAAAUGUGAAGAAUGUGACAAAGCUUACAGUUUCAAAUCAAACCUUGAAAUACAUCGGAAAAUUCACACUGAAGAGAAUCUUUACAAGUGUACUGAGUGUGGCAAGACCUUCAGCCGGAUAUCAUCCCUUACGUGGCAUCGUAGACUUCAUACUGGAGAGAAACCUUACAAAUGUGAAGAAUGUGACAAAGCUUUCAGUUUGAAAUCAAACCUUGAAAGACAUAGGAGAAUUCAUACUGGAGAGAAACUGUACAAGUGUAAGGAGUGUGGCAAGAUCUUUAGUCAGAAGUCAUCGCUUAUAUGCCAUCGUAGACUUCAUCCUGAAAAGAAACCUUACAAAUGUGAAGGAUGUGACAAAGCUUUCAGUUUCAAAUCAAAGCUUGAAAGACACAGGAGAAUUCACACUGGAGAGAAACCGUACAAGUGUAAUGAGUGUGGCAAGACCUUUAGUCGGAAGUCAUCCCUUACAUACCAUCGUAGACUUCACACUGGAGAGAAACCUUACAAAUGUGAAGAAUGUGACAAAGCUUUCGGUAGGAAAUCAAACCUUGAAAGACAUAGGAGAAUUCAUACUGGACAGAAACCAUACAACUGUAAUGAAUGUGGCAAGACCUUUAUUCAGAAGUCAUCCCUUAUAUGCCAUCGUACACUUCAUACUGGAGAGAAACCUUACAAGUGUAAUGAGUGUGACAAGACCUUCCGUCACAAGUCAUCCCUCACAUGCCAUCGUAGACUUCACACUGGAGAGAAACCUUGCAAGUGUAAUGAGGGUGGCAAGAACUUCAAUCAACAGUUAACCCUUAAAUGCCAUUGUAGACUUCAUACUGGAGAGAAACCUUACAAAUGUGAAGAAUGUGACAAAGCUUACAGUUUCAAAUCAAACCUUGAAAUACAUCGGAAAAGUCAUACUGGAGAGAAUCUUUGCAAGUGUAAUGAGUGUGGCAAGACCUUUAGCCGGACAUCAUCCCUUACAUACCAUCGUAGAGUUCAUACUGGAGAGAAACCUUACAAAUGUGAAGAAUGUGACAAAGCUUUCCGUUUCAAAUCAAGCCUUGUAAUACAUAGGGGAAUUCAUACUGGAGAGAAACUGUACAAGUGUAAUGAGUGUGGCAAGACCUUUAGUCAGAAGUCGUACCUUAGACGCCAUCAUAGUCUUCAUACUGGAGAGAAACCUUACAAGUGUAAUGAGUGUGGCAAAACGUUUAAUCAGAAGUCAUACCUUGCAUACCAUCGUAGACUUCAUACUGGNNGGAAACUUUACUGAUGUAAUGAUUGUCACAAAGUCUUCAGUAAUGCUACAACCAUUGUGAAUCAUUGGAGAAUCCAUAAUGAAGAGAGAUCAUACUAGUGUAAUAAAUUUGGGAGAGUUUUCAGACAUCAUUCAUACCUUGCAGUUCAUUGGUGAACUCAUGCUGGAGAGAAACCUUACAAAUGUCAUGAUUGUGGCAAGGUCUUCAGUCAAGUUUCAUUCUAUGCGAAACAUAGGAGAGAAACCUCACAAUGUAAUGACUGUGGCAAGACCUUUGGUCAGAAGUCACACCUUACAUGCCAUCGUAGACUUCAUACUGGAGAGAAACCUUACAAGUGUAAUGAGUGUGGCAAGACAUUUAGUCAGAAGUCAAACCUUACAUGCCAUCGUAGACUUCAUACUGGAGAGAAACCUUACAAGUGUAAUGAGUGUGGUAAGAUGUUUAGUCGGAAGUCAUACCUUACACGCCAUCGUAGACUUCAUACUGGAGAGAAAUCUUACAAAUGUAAUGAGUGUGGCAAAGCCUUUCAUGGGCAGCACACCAUGCACGUCAUCACAGAAUUCAUACUGGAGAGAAACCUUAGAAAUGUGAAGCACGUGACAAAGUUUACAGUUGCCAAUCAAGCCUCGAGAGACAGGAGAAUUCAUACUGGAGAGAAAGCUUACAAAUGUGAAGAAUGUCACAAAGUUUUCCGUUGCACAUCAAACCUUAAAAGACCUAGAAUUCACACUGGAGAGAAACCUUACGAGUGUAACGAGUGUGACAGAGUCUUUAGUGGGCAGUCAACACUUGUUUACCAUCAGGCAAUUCAUGUUGUAGGGAAACUUUACUGA